CAGAGGGCGCUGACGUCACUUUUGCGUUAUGUUUUUGGUGUAGGGUGCUAAAAGCGUCAAGGGCCAUCGAAAAUUUGUGAAAAACCAUUAUUUCCUCUGGUAUUUUGGAAGCAGCAACAACCCCAUCUGAAAACCCAAUGAUUAGAGCCGACAAUGGCUGAUGAACAGGAAGUCAGACAGCUAGAGCUUCUUUGCAAGCAAUUAUAUGAGUCUCAAGAUAGUUCUAUACGCACAGAAGCCGAAAAAGCUCUUGUUGUAUUUCAAGAAAGUCCAGAUGCUUUGACAAAAUGUCAAGUUUUGCUAGACAGAGGAGACUCUGCCUAUGCCCAACUAUUAGCGGCCACAACUCUUACAAAAUUAGUUUCGAGGAGUGCCCAAGGUCUAAGUCUCCAGCAAAGAGUAGACAUAAGAAAUUAUGUCUUGAACUAUUUGGCUACCAGACCCAAAUUGCCAACCUUCGUGGUACAAGCUCUAGUCACUCUUUUUGCUAGAAUCACCAAACUGAGUUGGUUCGAUAUGUACAAGGAUGACUAUUUAUUUCGUAAUGUGGUCAAUGAUGUUAGCAAAUUUUUGCAGGGAUCAGUGGAACAUUGCAUGAUUGGCGUGCAGCUCCUCUCUCAGCUGACUUGUGAAAUGAAUCAAUUGUCUGAUAUUGAAGCCAACCGAUCUUUAACUAAACACCGUAAAAUCGCGUCGUCUUUCCGUGAUAUGCAAUUGUUUGUAAUUUUCAGGCUUUCGUGCAGUCUACUCAGUACCGCACGAGAAAACUGUAAAAAUCUCAACUUCAGCGACGAGAACCAGCACGGAUUGAUGACCCAGCUCCUACGGCUGGCACAGAACUGUUUAACGUUUGAUUUUAUCGGCACUUCAACGGACGAGUCGUCGGACGAUUUGUGCACGGUACAGAUCCCGACCAGUUGGAGACCGGCUUUUUUGGACUUUACCACACUGAAAUUAUUUUUCGAUUUGUACCAUUCUCUGCCAAACACUCUCUCAAGUUACGCUCUUACUUGUUUGGUGCAAAUUGCUUCUGUCCGAAGAUCGCUUUUUAGUAACACCGAAAGAGCGAAUUUCUUAACACAUCUAGUCAACGGAGUAAAGCAAAUCUUGCAAAACUCCCAAGGUUUAAGUGAUUCCGCAAACUAUCACGAAUUUUGCCGUUUACUGGCUCGUCUUAAGAGUAACUAUCAAUUAGGCGAGCUGGUCAUGGUGGAAAACUAUCCGGAAGCAAUACAACUGAUCGCAAAGUUUACUGUUCAAAGUUUACAAAUGUGGCAAUUUGCCCCAAACAGCGUCCAUUACCUGUUGUCGUUGUGGCAAAGGAUGGUGGCCUCUGUUCCUUACGUUAAAGCAACCGAACCUCACUUGUUGGAAACGUACUCGCCGGAAGUGACGAGCGCUUACAUCACCUCCCGCUUAGAAUCGGCCGCGGUCGUAGCAAGGGAGGGUCUAGAAGACCCACUGGAUGAUUUGGGAAUGGUCCAGCAGCAAUUAGAGCAAUUAUCUGUGAUCGGCCGUUGUGACUAUGGUAAAACGUGCACGUUAUUGGUGCAAUUAUUCGACAGAGCCGCGGCGACUUAUCAGGAACUGUUAACGUCGGGUAAUGCCCAAUCGGUGGAGAUUGCGGUGCACGAGGGUCAGCUCACUUGGCUGGUGUAUAUUAUUGGUUCGGCGAUAGGCGGUAGAGUGUCCUUUAAUUCUAAUGAGGAGCACGACACCAUGGACGGAGAGUUGGUCUGUCGCGUUUUGCAACUGAUGAAUUUGACUGAUAAUAGAUUAGGUCAAGGAGGCUGUGAAAAGUUAGAACUGGCGAUGCUGAGUUUCUUCGAACAGUUUAGGAAAAUAUACGUGGGCGAUCAAGUGCAGAAAAACUCGAAAGUGUACAGGAGACUCUCGGAAGUUUUAGGAUUAAGUGAUGAGGCGACCGUUCUCAGUGUAUUUAUUAGGAAAAUUAUAACAAAUUUAAAAUAUUGGGGACGCAGUGAAAUGAUUAUAAGUAAGACAUUGCAGCUAUUAAAUGAUCUGUCUGUCGGAUAUAGCUGUGUUAGAAAGUUAGUCAAGCUAGAUGAGGUCCAGUUCAUGCUUAACAACCAUACCAGUGAGCACUUUCCAUUUUUAGGCAAUUCAGUUUCUGUGAAUGAGAUGAGAUGUCGCUCAAUGUUUUAUACGUCAUUAGGAAGGUUACUUAUGGUUGAUUUGGGUGAAGAUGAAGAUAGAUUUCAUAAUUUUAUGUUGCCAUUAACAGCUGCAUUCGAGAGAAUAGUCCAAUUACUAGCUGCCUCUGAUUCCCCAAUGUUUGCCAGUGAUGAAGCCAAAAAAGCCAUUAUAGGUUUAUCCAGGGAUUUAAGGGGUUUGGCUUAUGCCUUUAACACUAAGAUCUCAUACAUGAUGUUAUUUGAUUGGCUGUAUCCUUUUCUAUAUUUAAUAUUUCUGUAUUAUGAAUUAUUUGAUAGCGAUUUCCUUAACAAAAUAUGUAGGUAUCCGAAUUACACGCCGAUCUUAUUGAGAUCUGUGGAGCUGUGGUACCACGAUCCCCAAGUGACUACGCCGGUUUUAAAAUUAUUCGCAGAAUUAGUGCAAAAUCGAUCGCAGAGGUUACAGUUCGACGUCUCCUCGCCAAACGGUAUCUUACUGUUCAGGGAGGCUAGUAAAAUUAUUUAUAAUUAUGGUACACGUAUUUUGAACGUAGAAGUAACCAAAGAACAAAUGUACCCAAUGAAACUCAAAGGCAUUUCCGUAUGUUUCUCAAUGCUAAAAGCGGCCUUAUGCGGCAGCUACGUCAAUUUCGGGGUGUUCCGUUUGUACGGCGAUGAAGCUUUAGAUAACGCUUUAAACGUUUUCGUCAAAUUGCUGUUAUCGAUACCGCAAAGCGAUCUUCUGGAUUAUCCCAAACUGUCGCAAACAUACUAUGUGCUAUUAGAAUGUUUAUCGCAAGACCACAUGAGUUUUCUCGCCACACUGGAACCGCAAGUUUUCUUGUACAUUUUAUCGUCAAUAUCAGAGGGACUGACGGCCUUAGAUACGAUGGUGUGUACGGGCUGUUGUGCCACUUUGGACCAUAUUGUGACCUAUUUGUUUAAACAGUUGACACAAAAAGCUUAUCCAGGUAAAAAAACGACACUUCCUCAAGGUGGCGGAGACAUGUUCCUAAAAAUCCUCGAAAUGCAUCCGGAGAUCCUACAACAGAUCUUGAGCACCGUUUUGAACGUUAUCAUGUUCGAGGACUGCAGGAAUCAGUGGUCCAUGUCCAGGCCGUUGUUGGGCCUUAUUUUAUUAAACGAGGACUAUUUCGCACAGAUGCGUGAGAGUAUUAUAAGGAGCCAGCCGCCAGAUAAACAAGCAGACAUGGCACGUUGGUUCGAAAAUCUUAUGGACGGAAUAGAAAGGAAUUUAUUAACAAAAAAUAGGGACCGGUUUACUCAGAACUUGUCGAUGUUCCGGAGAGACAUCACCGAAUCGCUAAAAGGUCCGAACGUCAAUUCGACGACAUCGGUUAACGACAUGAUGACGUCAUAGUUCUUGUAAACGGACCUUGUUUAUUGUUUUUCCUUGUAUAAAGUGAAGUAUAAAAGUGAGGUGUACACAUGGGUAAUAAAUGCAGAUUUGUUAAUAGGCA